AUGGGUAAAGGGAAGAAAACUAAAGGAGCUAGCCCAAAGAUAGCAUCUCCUGUCAGUAAACUAAAACAUUCCAAGUCUAAAGAGUCCAAACCUUCUCUGAUUUAUAUUAUUGGUGUAGGAGUAGUGGUUGCUAUGGCAUCAGUUGCCAUAGCAAUAGGUGUUAAGUGGUAUUUUACUCCCACCCUUGCUACACCUCUUAAUCUACCCCCAGUUAUCAAUGAUGAGAUGACGAAAGCUAGUCAAUAUGAAGAACGUCUUUGGGGUUCAGAUCAGUUACCUCUGAAAGGAGAAAUGUUUAGUAAAGAAUUUGAUAUUAGAAUGAAAAAAUUUGAUGACAGAUUUGAAAAGAUAUUUAAAUUAAAACAAAAAGGGUUUUCAGAGUCACAUAUUUCAUUUGCAAAAGCUGCCUUUAGUAAUUUGAUAGGCAGUAUUUCAUAUUUUUAUGGAAGUUCAAGUGUAAUGGCUCCUGGUAUGAAGAAACCAAUAAGUUAUUUUCCUGCUUCAUUAUAUACUGGUGUCCCUUCAAGAUCUUUCUUUCCUCGCGGAUUUUUAUGGGACGAGGGAUUUCAUCAAUUACUAGUAACAGCUUGGGACAUUGAUAUAGUUAAAGAUGUAUUGGGUCAUUGGUUAGAUUUGUUAAAUGGAGAUGGAUGGAUACCUCGUGAACAGAUCUUAGGUGAAGAAGCCAUUAGCAAAGUUCCUGAGGAAUUUAUUACUCAGCAUAGCAGCAAUGCUAACCCACCUACACUUUUUUUUGACUGUUGAAGUAUUAUUAAACAAAAUGGAGAGAGAAAAUAACUUGGUAUAGACGUUGGGUUUCUUAAGCGAGUUUAUCCUCGUUUGAGAAUCUGGUUUAACUGGUUUCAAACUACUCAGAAAGGAUCAAAACCGUCAACAUACCGUUGGAGAGGACGUAACAGUACAACUGAUCGAGAGCUAAAUUCAAAGACAUUAACAAGUGGUUUAGAUGACUACCCCAGGGCAUCUCAUCCAAGUAACGAAGAGUAUCAUUUAGAUUUGCGAUGUUGGAUGGCAUUAGCAACCAGAGUUUUAGCAAGAAUGGCAGACAUUUUAAAAGAAUCAUCAAAAGUAUAUAAAGUUUUAUCAGAAGAAUUGAGUGAUAUGAAGCUACUGGACAAGUUACAUUGGGACAAUGAGAGACAGAUGUAUAGUGAUUUUGGUAACCACACCUCCAAAGUUAAAUUAGUAGUUAAUAGAGAUGUUAAUCCACGUAAGUUACCAUGGCAACAAAUUGAAUGUAAUAACUUCAUUAAACGACCUAGUUUAAAGUUUGUUAAUAGUUUUGGAUAUGUCAAUUUAUUUCCAUUUUUAAUGACUCUUUUUCCUCCUGACUCUGCCCACUUGGAAGCAACUUUACAACAUUUAUCAAAUGAAUCACUCUUAUGGACAAAGUAUGGAUUACGUUCAUUAGCCAAGACUGACCCUUUUUACAACAAGUCAAAUACAGGUCAAGACAGUCCUUACUGGAGAGGUGCUAUAUGGAUCAAUAUAAACUACUUAGCUGUAAGAGCAUUACAUUACUAUGGCAACCAGGAUGGCCCCUAUCAAUCAUUAGCAAAUGAACUUUACAUUAAAUUGAGAUCAAAUAUAAUUGAGACAAUAUAUCAUGAAUAUCUUAUUACUGGAUAUAUUUGGGAACAGUAUGAUGAUCGAAAUGGCAAAGGAAAGGGUACUCACCCUUUUACAGGCUGGUCAUCUCUUGUCGUAUUAAUAAUGGCAGAACAUUAUGACUAA